CCAACAACAAAACAGCGAUGCCAGGGCGCUAACGGCGCCCGGUGCCUCCCGGGCUCCCUCCCCGCCCCACACCUCCUCUGGCCGCCGCCCCCACCCCCCCUAUCCCGGGCCGAGGCCCCCCCCCCCACUAACCCGGCCGCGAGCUCCGAGCGCGAUCGGCAACAAUGUUUACGUUCCGGGGAUUAUGACGUCGACGCCUCCCCCCCCACACAACUGCUGAAAAUGGUUUCCUAGGACUUUGCAAACGGAUCUGCCUAAGUGUUGGUGCAAAACUUUGUAGAUCUCGGCUCUGGCUUGCUUUAUUUAUUUAUUUCUCGGUUUGUUUUCUUUGGUCUUCCCUCCUUCCCCCCUCGGCUAAAAUGCAGGGGGCAGGAGCGUUGACAAUUAAUUGGUGAACUCUCCUAAAAAAAUGGAGGCAGAGAAAGACUCUGGAAGAAGAUUGCGCCCCAUUGACCGCCAGGGAUACGACGAGAACGAGGACCUGUCGGACGUGGAGGAGAUCGUCAGCGUCCGCGGCUUCAGCCUGGAGGAGAAGCUGCGCAGCCAGCUGUACCAGGGGGACUUCGUGCACGCCAUGGAGGGCAAAGAUUUCAACUAUGAGUACGUACAGAGAGAAGCUCUUAGAGUUCCCCUGAUAUUUCGAGAAAAGGAUGGACUGGGAAUUAAGAUGCCUGACCCUGACUUCACAGUCCGAGAUGUCAAACUCCUAGUGGGGAGCCGGCGGUUGGUGGACGUGAUGGAUGUGAACACCCAGAAGGGCACGGAGAUGAGCAUGUCCCAGUUCGUGCGUUACUACGAGACGCCCGAGGCUCAGCGGGACAAGCUGUACAACGUCAUCAGCCUCGAGUUCAGCCACACCAAGCUGGAGCACUUAGUCAAGCGUCCGACUGUGGUAGACCUGGUGGACUGGGUGGACAACAUGUGGCCCCAGCAUCUGAAGGAAAAGCAGACAGAAGCCACGAAUGCCAUCGCAGAGAUGAAGUACCCGAAAGUGAAGAAGUACUGUCUGAUGAGUGUGAAAGGUUGUUUCACUGACUUCCACAUCGACUUCGGAGGCACUUCCGUUUGGUACCAUGUUUUCCGGGGUGGGAAGAUCUUCUGGCUGAUUCCUCCGACCCUGCACAAUUUGGCGCUGUAUGAGGAGUGGGUGUUGUCAGGCAAACAGAGUGACAUCUUUCUGGGAGACCGCGUGGAACGAUGCCAAAGAAUUGAGCUGAAACAGGGCUACACAUUUUUCAUCCCUUCCGGUUGGAUCCAUGCAGUCUACACCCCUGUAGACUCUCUGGUGUUCGGCGGAAACAUCCUGCACAGCUUCAACGUGCCCAUGCAGCUGCGCAUCUACGAGAUCGAGGACAGAACGCGGGUGCAGCCCAAAUUCCGUUACCCUUUCUACUAUGAGAUGUGCUGGUAUGUCUUGGAGAGAUACGUGUACUGUGUGACCCAGCGCUCCUACCUCACUCAGGAGUACCAGAGAGAAUCCAUGCUUAUUGAUGCCCCGAGAAAGCCCAGCGUAGACGGCUUCUCAUCCGAUUCCUGGCUGGAGAUGGAGGAGGAGUCCUGUGAGCAGCAGCCCCAGGAGGAAGAGGAGGAGCAGGAGGAGGAAGAAGGGGAGGGUGCAGACAAGGCACCGAAGCCGCCCGCCGAUGGCCCCGUCUCGCCCACCAGCACCCCCUCUGAGGACCAGGAGGCCCCCGGGAAGAAGCCCAAAGCACCUGCCAUGAGGUUCCUCAAAAGGACUUUGUCUGAUGAGUCGGAGGAAAGCGUGAAGUCCACCACGAUGCCCAUAGACUACCCCAAGACACCCACUGGCUCUCCCGCCACAGAGGUCGCUGCCAAAUGGACCCACCUCACUGAGUUUGAACUGAAGGGCCUGAAAGCUCUGGUGGAGAAACUUGAAUCCCUCCCAGAGAACAAGAAGUGUGUCCCUGAGGGCAUCGAGGACCCCCAGGCACUCCUGGAGGGCGUGAAGAACGUCCUGAAGGAGCACGCGGAUGAUGACCCCAGUCUGGCCAUCACUGGGGUCCCCGUGGUCACUUGGCCAAAGAAGACUCCAAAGAACCGGGCUGUGGGUCGGCCCAAGGGGAAGCUGGGCCCGGCCUCCGCGGUGAAGUUGGCCGCCAACCGGACAACGGCAGGAGCUCGCCGGCGCCGGACGCGAUGCCGCAAGUGCGAGGCCUGCCUGCGGACCGAGUGCGGAGAGUGCCACUUCUGCAAGGACAUGAAGAAAUUCGGGGGCCCCGGGCGGAUGAAGCAAAGCUGCAUCAUGCGGCAGUGCAUCGCGCCAGUGCUGCCCCACACCGCUGUGUGCCUCGUGUGUGGCGAGGCGGGGAAGGAAGACACAGUGGAAGAGGAAGAAGGCAAGUUUAACCUCAUGCUCAUGGAGUGCUCCAUCUGCAAUGAAAUCAUCCACCCUGGAUGCCUUAAGAUUAAGGAGUCAGAGGGUGUGGUCAACGACGAGCUUCCAAACUGCUGGGAGUGUCCGAAGUGUAACCACGCCGGCAAGACCGGGAAACAAAAGCGUGGCCCUGGCUUUAAGUACGCCUCCAAUCUGCCCGGCUCCCUGCUCAAGGAGCAGAAGAUGAACCGGGACAUCAAGGACGGCCAGGAGCCUGCCAAGCGGAGGGGCGAGUGUGAGGAGGCUCCCAGGCGCAGGUCGGACGAGCACCCCAAGAAGGUGCCCCCGGAUGGCAUCCUGCGCAGAAGGUCUGACGACGUGCACCUGAGGAGGAAGCGGAAAUAUGAGAAGCCCCAAGAGCUGAGUGGCCGCAAGCGAGCCUCGACGCUUCAAACGUCCCCCGGUUCCUCCUCUCACCUCUCGCCGAGGCCCCCUCUAGGCAGCAGCCUCAGCCCUUGGUGGAGAUCCAGUCUCACUCACUUCCAGCAGCAGCUAAAACCUGGCAAAGAAGAUAAGCUUUUCAGGAAAAAGCGGCGCUCCUGGAAGAACGCGGAGGACCGCAUGGCACUGGCCAACAAGCCGCUCCGGCGCUUCAAGCAGGAGCCAGAGGACGAUCUGCCCGAGGCGCCCCCCAAGGCCAGGGAGAGCGACCACUCGCGCUCCAGCUCACCCACGGCCGGGCCCAGCACUGAGGGGGCCGAGGGGCCGGAGGAGAAGAAGAAGGUGAAGAUGCGCCGGAAGCGGCGGCUUCCCAACAAGGAGCUGAGCAAGGAGCUGAGCAAGGAGCUCAACCACGAGAUCCAGAAGACGGAGAGCAGCCUGGCCAACGAGAACCACCAGCCCAUCAAGUCGGAGCCUGAGAGCGAGAACGAGGAGCCCAAGCGGCCCCUGGGCCUCUGCGAGCGCCCCCACCGCUUCAGCAAGGGGCUCAACGGCACCCCCCGGGAGCUGCGGCACCAGCUGGGGCCUGGCGUGCGCAGCCCGCCCCGGGUCAUCUCCCGGCCCCCACCCUCCGUGUCCCCACCCAGGUGCAUCCAGAUGGAGCGCCAUGUGAUCCGGCCACCCCCCAUCAGCCCCCCGCCCGACUCGCUGCCCCUGGACGAUGGGGCCGCGCAUGUCAUGCACAGGGAGGUGUGGAUGGCCGUCUUCAGCUACCUCAGCCACCAAGACCUGUGUGUCUGCAUGCGGGUCUGCAGGACCUGGAACCGCUGGUGCUGCGAUAAGCGGUUGUGGACCCGCAUUGACUUGAACCACUGCAAGUCCAUCACGCCUCUGAUGCUGAGUGGCAUCAUCCGGCGGCAGCCCGUCUCCCUCGACCUCAGCUGGACCAACAUCUCCAAGAAGCAGCUGAGCUGGCUCAUCAACCGCUUGCCUGGGCUCCGAGACUUGGUGCUGUCGGGCUGCUCAUGGAUUGCGGUCUCGGCUCUCUGUAGCUCCAGUUGUCCUUUGCUCCGGACCCUGGAUGUCCAGUGGGUAGAAGGACUAAAGGAUGCCCAGAUGCGGGAUCUCCUGUCCCCACCCACGGAUAACAGGCCAGGUCAGAUGGACAAUCGGAGCAAGCUCCGGAACAUUGUAGAGCUGCGCCUGGCAGGCCUGGACAUCACAGACGCCUCCCUGCGGCUCAUCAUCCGCCACAUGCCCCUGCUGUCCAAGCUCUACCUGAGUUACUGUAACCACGUCACCGACCAGUCCAUCAACCUGCUCACUGCUGUUGGCACCACCACCCGCGACUCCUUAACUGAGAUCAACCUGUCAGACUGCAAUAAGGUCACUGAUCAGUGCCUGUCCUUCUUUAAACGCUGUGGAAACAUCUGUCAUAUUGACCUGAGGUACUGCAAGCAAGUCACCAAGGCAGGCUGUGAGCAGUUCAUAGCCGAAAUGUCUGUGAGUGUCCAGUUUGGGCAAGUGGAAGAAAAACUCCUGCAAAAACUGAGUUAGUCCUAGGACAAGGAUGUAAAUACGGGGUGGGCAGGGAGGGGAGGGCACAGGGCCGGGGAGGGGGAAAGACUUUACAAAAGAAGAGGGUUUUUAUUUUCCAUUUGGAACUUGGAACAACAGACCACAGAACGAUUCCAUUUUGCUAGUCUUUGCAAGGAGAAGCCAUUCAACCACCCCUUUUGGGGAUGAGUGAGCCGGACACCUUUGGUCUUUCUGAAUCGUAAUUGCACUGCUUUCUGGACCAUUUCUAAGGCGGCCUUUACAAGAAGACAUUCCCGUCAGAGAGGAGGAUGGACUUUGGAGAAAUUCUCUUAUUGAAGCGUGAGCUUAGGAGUUUUUGUUGUUGGUGGUGUUGUUUUGGACACCUCAUUCCUUGCAACUCCAAGGUUUUUGGUGUCGCGAUAAAGUGGACCACACACCACAUCUGCUGCCAUCUUGAAACUUUGUGUUUUUUUGUUUGUUUGGUUUUGUUACAUCUUACAUUAUGCAGAACUAUUUUUGUACAAAUUGUUUAAAAGUUAUUUAUGCAA